UCGAUCGAUCCCCACUCUCAUCUCCCUCCAAUGGCGCCCGCGCCCACCACCCCCUCCUUCCUCCGACCCCCGCCACUGCCCCACCACCGCGUGCGCCUCCCUCCCCCUCCCCCCUCCGCCUCCUUCCGCCUCGCCGAGAUCCUCGGCGGCCGCGGCCUCUGCAACGGUGAGGUCGGCAUCCGCAAGGAGCUCUCCUCCACCCCCACCACCCCGUCCACGCCCACGGCCGACUCCUCGCCAGGCGGCGCCGCGGCGGAGGCGGACCCGCCGGCGGUCGACCCGGACGCGUUCGAGAAGGAGAUGAUGGGCCUCACGGGCGGCUUCCCCGGCGGCGAGGUGGGCCUCAAGGACUUCGUCGCCAAAAACCCGCCGCCUCCCCCCAAGAGGACCCAGCCGGACGGGAUUGCCGGCUCCGCUGCCGUCGUGCCGGCGGAGCGGCCGAGGCGUCCGGAGCUGCCGCUGUUCCUCCCGGGCAUGAUUGUGCUCGUCAAGAACCCUCGCAACGCGUACCACAUGUACUGCGGGAUCGUGCAGCGCGUCACCGACGGGAAGGUCGGGGUGCUGUUCGAGGGAGGGAACUGGGACAGGCUCAUCACCUUUGGUGUCGACGAGCUCGAGGGCAGGGAGAAGGGCCCACCCAUGGUGAACCCCAAGUCCGUGGUGCUCGAGGCGCUCGUCGCGGAUCUGGCGGAUGACACUGAGGCGGAGGAGACUGAGAAGAAGGAAGAGGAAGCUGGGGCGGCCGCUGCCAAGGCUUGACGUGCCGUGCUUCUUGUUUCUGCGUUCCUGACUUCCUGUAUGUAUGUGUACAUGUACAUCUAUAUGUUUGGGGCUAAGUGAAUAUCAACGUUCUAAAUUGCUAUGAUGUAUAGCUGGAGCGUUAGUCUGAAAAGAUGGAACAAAGGGUUUGGAGAUAAUUAAAUGUAGUUAUCCAGUGAAACUGCCAUAUGUUUGAUCAAAUUUGGCUGAUUAGAUGCUUUA